CAGUAUGAGUGAACACCCCCCAAAAAAAAAGAAAAAAAAAAAGGUAGCGUACGAACAUGAUCAAGAAACCAGAGGAGCAGCAAGAGAGGGAAGAGAGAGAGAGAGAGAGAGAGAGAGAGAGAGAGAGAGAGAGAGAGAGAGAGAGAGAGAGAGAGAGAGAGAGAGAGAGGGAGAGAGAGAGAGAGAGGGAGAGAGAGAGAGAGAGAGAGAGAGAGAGAGAGAGAGAGAGAGAGAGAGAGAGAGAGAGAGAGAGAGAGAGCAUCCUACAAAGCCCUCUCCUCUCCACUCCAUCCUUCAUUAUUUUCUUCCUCAGCCUUGCGAUCGAGAGAGAGAGAGAGAGAGAGAGAGAGAGAGAGAGAGAGAGAGAGAGAGAGAGAGAGAGAGAGAGAGAGAGAGAGAGAGAGAGAGAGAGAGGAGGGGGGGAAAAGAGAGAGAGAGAGAGAGAGAGAGAGAGAGAGAGAGAGAGAGAGAGAGAGAGAGAGAGAGCAAGAGAGAGAGAGAAGAAGAAGAAAUGCUGCGGGGCAGCAAACGCUGGACAACCACGAGUUCUUAACGACCCCGCAAUUGCGCUCUUGG